GAGCAUUCGUGUUGUAUGUUUGUCCAUACAGAGUUGCCGUAGCUGUCUCAGACUCAGUUUAAUGAUGGCCGCUUCCACUGCAGCCACGGUUAUGUCGUCCUUUUGCAGAAAAGGCAGCCACUUAAUAGGAUUUCAGACACAAAACCAUGUAUAUACGCGGGUAGCGUAUUCAUCAGGCCUGUCAGUAAACACCGAUACAUCAAACAAAGGUUUUCCCAGGCGAGGCAACAGGGGCCCCCCUAGACGGGUAUUCAAGAAAGAGAGUGGAGAGCCACGGACGGAAAGGAUGGCCGUGGACCAAGACUGGACCAGUGUGUAUCCAACCGCCGCUCCGUUCAAGCACGCCACGGUGCCACUGCCUGUCCGUAUGGGUUACCCGGUAAAGAGAGGCGUGCCACCGGCGAAGAAGGGCAACCUGGAACUCAUUAAGAUUCCAAACUUUUUGCACUUAACUCCAGCAGCUAUAAAGAAACAUUGUGAAGCUUUGAAACCUUUCUGCACUGAGUGGCCCCAGGCCCUGGACUCUGACGCCAAGUGUGAGGAGUUCUUUCCCAUCCGUCUGGAGAGCAAAAAUUUUGCUUCCGCCGGGACGUCACUGAGAAACCCCCAGGCUCGAGUGGUCACACUCAAAGUGAAACUGUCCAGUCUGAACCUGGACGACCAUGCGCGGAAGAAGAUGAUUAAGUUGGUGGGCCAUCGAUACAACAGGGACACCGACGAGCUUACCCUCAAUGCUGACAGGUGCCCCCUGAGAAAACAGAACUGUGACUAUGCCAUGUAUCUCCUGACCGUCCUGUACCAUGAGUCUUGGAAAGUGGAGCCGUGGGAGGAGGAGAAGACGCGGGAGGACAUGGAGGAGUACAGCUGGGAGGACAGCCCGUCGCAGAGCAACGUCCUGGACAGCCUGCUGCGCAUGCGGGGGGCGGAGCCGGGCGGGGCCGAGGGCGGGGCCGGGGCGGAGCUGCUGGCGUCCGCCGAGGUGCAGGCGUACGGAGAGUCCGUCAGCAGAAUAAAGAACGAGGGAGAGAGCGAGAGCUCGGUGCUGCAGUACAGGGAGGCGGUGAAGAGAAUGCUCAAUCUGUGAGGGCCUGUAACGUACACACACACACACACACACAAAACACACACUCACACUCUCUCUCUCUCUCACACACACACACACGCAGUGUGUGCACUCACAUAUACACACCUGCGUACAUAUACAUACACCAAUUACUCACACCUACAUAUACAGAGAACAUGCACUCAUACACAGCUCUCUCACACACACAGUACAUAUGUAUGUACAGACUACAGACAUAUACUGUUGUAUAUAAGUUAAAUGCCUUUAAAUCUUUCCUUUCCCUUCAGUCAUGCAUCAUGUGUAUUUGUAACAAUAAAAUAUUGAAAAUGCUUAA